CCACUCUUGCGCGUGUAUUCCUGGAUACAGAGUCAAUCAGUCUGUCCUGUAUAUGCAAGUGAACGAUAACUUGAAAACCAUGCCAAAUAAAAAGAAAAGCAAUCAGGCGAAGAACGCAUUUUACUUCUUUAUGGUUUCUUUGCGGCCCCAGCUACAAAGGCAGGGGGUAGUUUUGGAAAAUGGCAUGCAGUCGUUAGCGGAAAUUGCUGGCCCUCGAUGGAAGGAACUGCCUGAGCAUGAGAAAGAGGUUUAUCAAGAAAUGGCUCGGCAAGACAAAGCUAGUAAGAAAUAUCGCUCUGCCCGAAAUGAUAAAAUGGACUGCACAGGAGAGUAUAUAUCAAAACGUGUAGAUACUGUUAGUUUGAAUGAAAAACGUAGGAAAGAAGAAAGAGAAGAAGUAAAGAGGGGUUGGUUACCAGGACGAGCAAUAUGUGAUGAGAAGUUUUAUAUGAUUGGGUUUAUGUCCCUGUAUGAUCUUCCUGAUGAAGGAUUCCUUCCUUGUGAGUUGGGUGUAGUGGAAUAUUCACUAAAUGGAGGUAUAAUGCGGAAGAUGCACUAUUUUAUCAAACCAGGAAAUAUUAGAGUAGGCCUUCGGUACACAGCCAUGAGUACAAGUGAAAGAACACAUCAGAUCCCAGUUGAAGGUUUGGCAAAGAGAGAUGACAGCUACCGAAAGAUCUGGCUGGACCUGUUACGCUUUGUCAAUCAAGAACAAACUCCAGUUUUUCCUCCUGUGUAUUGCAGGAUAUCAGAAACAAAACAAACUGAGUAUUGCCUUCAGUGGUUGGCUACAAAAGCAGAAAUGCCAAACAAAUUGAAGAAAGUGUAUGAUUUAGAAGGACUGGUGUGUGACUUACACUCACAUUUCACAGCUGAAUCUGGUAGUACCAUGGGGAUUUCCAAGUCAAAGGCAACAGAGCUUCUCUCCAGUACUAUUUUUGAUUAUGAACCUAAUUCAAGGUGUGACUGGCAUGAAAAACAAGAAGUGAAGUUCUGUGCUUUGGGAACAGUCCUGCGGUACUGGUAAGAAAUACAUUAAAAAAAUUAUGAUGGGUGGAACUUGCAUAUUUUGCAAUUAUCGAUAUACAAAUUUAAUCAUGUUCUGUAUGGAGAAGCUAUGGAUUCCUGGUUAGAGGGUCAAACAAGCCGGGUUCAAGCCAUUGCUAGAUCACUUUUGUUGCCCACUUCACUUAACCCUUUACACCUGAACAUUGAUAUUCAUAUUCUUUGCACUGUUCUUGUUACAUUUCCUAUGGUGCUUACAUGGAGAAUUUGUCCAACAAUCAAGGGGUUCUCUAGUUGGUGAUCAUUUCCUUUAAUUUUGUCACCUUAAUGUUUGAUGACUGGGUAAUAUUGUAAGGAGGUGCUAGUCACUUAGCAGUCAAAGGGUCAAAUCUUGACAGUGCC